AUGGUGAAGAUCACGAGCUUUACCACGCGGGACGUGAGGUUUCCGACCUCCCUGGAUAAGACGGGUUCGGAUGCCAUGAACGCAGCAGGCGACUAUUCUGCAGCUUAUUGCCUUAUCUAUACGGACUCGCCCCAUGUUGGACAUGGCAUGACUUUCACCAUUGGCCGUGGAAACGAGAUCGUCUGCUCCGCUAUUUCUCUGCUGGCUCCGCUCGUAGUCGGGAAAGACCUGGACAAACUCACCGCUGACUGGGGCAAGACAUGGCGCUACCUUGUAUCAGAUAGCCAGCUUCGAUGGAUCGGACCAGAGAAGGGCGUGAUUCAUCUGGCGUUGGGGGCCGUCGUCAACGCUCUUUGGGACCUGUGGGCGAAGACACUCGGGAAACCCGUCUGGCGCGUUGUGGCUGAGAUGACCCCCGAGGAGUUCGUCCGUUGCGUUGACUUCCGAUACAUCACUGAUGCUAUAACACCGGAAGAAGCCAUCGCACUGCUGAAGGAGGUGGAGGCUGGCAAACGGGACCGUAUCAAGGAGGCGGAGCAGAAUCUCGCUGUGCCUGCCUACACUACCAGUGCGGGCUGGCUUGGUUACGGAGAGGACAAAAUGAAGGCUCUUCUGAGGGAGAGCGUCGCUCAAGGAUACAAGUAUUUCAAACUGAAGGUCGGAGGGAACCUCGAGGAUGACCGGAAGCGAUUGAGCAUUGCUCGUGAGGCGAUUGGCUAUGACAAGGGGAAUACUCUGAUGGUGGAUGCCAACCAGAUCUGGUCCGUCCCCGAGGCCAUCGAUUGGAUGCAACAACUUGCCGAAUUCAGGCCCUGGUUCAUCGAAGAGCCCACCUCACCCGAUGACAUCCUCGGCCACGCCGCCAUCCGCAAAGCCCUCGAGAACACGCCCCACGGCACAAUUGGCGUCGCCACCGGCGAAAUGUGUCAAAACCGGGUGAUAUUCAAACAGCUCCUGCAGGCGGGGGCGCUGACAGUUCUGCAGGCCGACGCCUGCCGAGUCGGCGGUGUCAACGAGGUAUUGGCGAUUUUAUUGCUUGCUCGCAAAUUUGGUGUCCCCAUCGUGCCUCAUUCGGGUGGUGUGGGAUUGCCCGAGUACACUCAACAUCUCAGUACAAUUGACUAUGUCGCUGUGACUGGCAAGAAGAGCGUGCUUGAGUAUGUGGACCAUCUGCAUGAACAUUUUCUGUACCCAUCUAGUGUCAAGGAUGGAUACUACGUAACUCCUUUGGAACCGGGAUAUAGCGUGGAGAUGAAGCCGGAAAGUAUGGAUGAGUUCGCUUUCCCUGGGGAGGAGGGGAAGAGUUGGUGGAGGUCAGAGGAUGCCAAGUCGAUUCUGGAAGGGCCUCGUAUAAUAUGA